UUGGUAACGGAUGGGCCUGGUUCAACGAGCCCCAGUGUCUGUUACUUUUGCUUAAAUACUACUGUGCCAGGUGCUCCCUUUUUUGCGUAUAUAUAUGUACUUUAUUCGUUCCGCUUCGAAGGGGCAAGAAGUCUCCAACCACCUCAUUUUAGGACCAUACGGUAGUUCUCAACAUCAACACCAGGUGCGGAGGGAGACCGAGAACCCGAUGUGAUGCUCCCUGCCUUCUUCCUUCCCUUUUUCGGCGGCAUCCUACUUAUCCCGGCCCAGGCCGAAGAGGCACCAACCCUCAAAAACCUGGGCUCCUUGCCCUCGCUCAGAAUCUCACGCUACGGCCUCCCCGUCAACUUCGCUGCUGUCGGCGGAAAAUGCGACGCCGGCAGUGUACAACGCAACGACCGCUGCAUGCCCGAAGUUAGGGCGUGCUGCUCGAAUGGAGGGAACUGCGACGAGGGAGAAACGUGCACCGCGGGCGACCUAUGUUCCCGUAGCGCGGACGAUGACUCGGACUGCGAUCCAGGCACGGCCGUUUGUGGCUCCAGGUGCAUGCCCUCUGAUGCGGUGUGCUGUGGUGGCGGAAACUACUGCGACGCCGGGCAGAUCUGCGUAGAAGGCGGCUAGUGCCGCGAGGGCGACGACAAAACAAAAGACAACGACGAGACUACGACGCCCAGCAUGCCCCCGGCUACGAGAGCCGAUCUUGGAGACACAUCGGGCGAUCACCGGACCACGACCGCGGCC